CCCUGUGUCCCAUCUGAAUUGCCGCAGCGCUAACACAGCUGAAAGGCGACCGUCUUCCUCAUGCUGUUUUUCAUGGUAUCGUUUUGAAUCUAUGCCAGUGUUGUCAAACAGCUAUGAAGCAAGUCCAUGGUCACUUUACUUUAUUAUUGUUAUUCAGUUGUGUAUUUGUUCAUGUCCAGAAUCCCGGAAGAUGCUGCAGAAUCGUCGAGAAAAAACCUCCAAGGCAGUGCGAACGUGUCUUACAGGUGUGACAUGUGUGGACAGUGCUUCACGAACAAAUACGCUUUCAAAAGUCAUUAGACAGUGCACUCGGGCCAGAGGCAGCACCAGUGCAAAACGCGCGGGCGGUCCUUUGCGAGGAGCCGGGGUCUUAAAAGUCACCAGAUGGUGCACACAGGUGAGAGGCCACAUGCCUGCCCAGUCUGUGGUCAAAAGUUCGCCAAGAGUUCAACCCUGAAAGAACACCACAGGGCCCUCCACACAAACGAAAAGCCCUAUGCUUGCGUGGUCUGCAGUAAGAAGUUUGCUGCGAGCUCAAGUCUUUACAAACACGCCUACGAAUGAAGCCCCGUGUACAUAUGCGUGCGAGAUUUGCCCUUCCAAAUUUUGCCAGAAGCUAUCCCUCACGAAGCACAAGCAGCUACAUGCAAGCGGAGUGUUGGUGGGCAUCUGCACAGAAUGCGGCAAAAACUUCAAGAGCACGAAAUCUCUGGUGCACCACUUCAAAUGGCACAACACGGAGAAGGUGCACGCAUGCCAACUGUGCCCAGCCAGGUUCACGCGAAAAUUUGUUCUGGAGAGGCAUUUAUUGACGCACAAAGGUGAAAAGCCUUACAAGUGUAGUGCAUGUGGGAGAAACUAUUCUAGUAACACAAAUCUCACUAGACACAUCCAACGUGUGCACACAGAUACAGUUGGGGCCACCAUGUUCAGCACUGACUGCAGGGUGGAGAUUAUCACGCCAGAUAGCCCCUUCUCCACAGAGCCUCAGGAGGACUCUGACAUAAAUGAAACAGGACCAUCUGCAGCAGCAUUUGGCAACAAAACCUCAGUGAUGCCACACACGAGCAGGACUGAAAUUUCGGUAGAAAUCAAGGAUGGUGGAGCAGGAUGAGCUUGUUGUACAAGGAGACGUGACGGCGGCUGACAAGGCCGUGCCGUCGUCUUGGCUUUUUCUUUUCGACGUGGGCGUACAAGCAGUUGCAACUGAGGCGUCCAGCCAGGUCAGGAGCUGGUGCGUUCUUACCACCUAGUGGCACGCGAAUCACGAGCCGUGUGGCUCUCUUCGUCUUUUGCGCAGCAGCUGGCCAAGAGUGGUCCGACGCUACAUCAACUCACUGGACUACGGUGAAAAGUGAAUAAAGAAGAAAUCAUUGCACUUGCUUCCUGUAAGGCAGAUCACCGUUUCUUCCAGUAGAAAUGUUUAUCUUCCAAGUAGUGCACUGUUUGCUGCAUCCAGCUUGUGUUCUACAAUUUAAAUUGUUGCUACAUUGGUUCAUACUUAUGAAAAAGAAAGAAGACAACAACCUGUUCGUAGCACGAAGCCACAAAGAUGUCCGUACGAAUUUCUCAAAGAAAAGCCUCUUAGUAGCCAAAAAAAUUCGUCCUUGUCUGGGGUUCGCACCUGGGACCAACGCUUAUCUG